GAAGUGCUAAAAGGAACCCCUUUUCACAAAUUCUGUUCAAUCUCACAUAUCUUUUACAUCUAGAUAUAUAUUCUGAUAAAUAGUUCUCUGUACCCAUCUCUCUAUCUGUACCCCCUCGCUGUUUUCUCCUGGCAAGAGAGGAAAAAGAGCUGUCCAGGUAGAAAAUCAAUCAGCUUUGAGGGCAUUGGGCAAGAAAAAAAAUCUUCUGAGAGAUGUGCACAACUCUUGCUACUAUGAGGCUUUUGUUAACCACUGCAUCCACUACCUCUCUCUUUUCUUCUUACUCUUUAGAUUUCCCCUCUAAUUUCCUUAAAACAGGAAACCCUAUUCUCAACCAUACAUGUCCCGCCAGAAGGAAGCUCCCAUCGCUCUCCAAACUGACGCUUUUAGCUUUGUGCUUAAGCAGAAGAAGUAGCAGGCCAAGGUGUGUGCAGGAAGAAGGCAUAGGAUGGUUUUAGAUGUAGCGUACCGGCUAUUAUCUAUAGAUUUUUUACCCUCCCAUUACCGUUACACCAUUAUAUAAAUAGGAAGAAAGUUUUGUUAUUUGAACAGUCAUUACAGCUGCUAUAUAACGAUAAUGUUGCUUUGUGGGCAUAUGAGAAGAGAUGAAGAGGUGGAUUGGUGGAAAACUGAAGAUGAGAGUAUGUCGUCCAUGUUUGGUUCUGAUGAAGAUACUGGCAACCAAAUUCCAACCCAAGCCCAAUCUAUUGUUGAAGGAUCGAGUACAGUUGUGGUGUCAGAGUAUAAGCCUGUUCCUGAUGUAGAUUAUUUACAGGAGUUACUAGCCAUUCAACAACAGGGACCUAGAUCUAUUGGCUUUUUUGGGACACGAAAUAUGGGAUUCAUGCAUCAAGAACUCAUUGAGAUUCUUAGUUAUGCUCUGGUUAUAACAAAAAAUCACAUUUUUACAUCAGGUGCAUCAGGGACUAAUGCAGCUGUUAUCAGAGGUGCUUUAAGAGCUGAGAAGCCAGAGCUGCUUACGGUCAUCUUGCCUCAAAGCUUGAAAAAGCAACCACCUGAGAGUCAGGAAUUAUUGGCAAAAGUGCAGAAUGUGAUAGAGAAGCCUCACUAUGAUCAUCUACCACUGAUUGAAGCCAGCAGGCUGUGUAAUAUGGACAUAAUUUCUCAUGUACAACAAGUAAUUUGCUUUGCCUUUCAUGAUAGCAAGUUGCUAAUGGAAACUUGUCAAGAAGCCAAAAACCUCCGGAAAAUUGUGACUCUCUUUUACCUGGACUGAAGCAAUGGCUUAAUUUGUCAAUAUGAUGAUUUAAAGGGGAGACAGAGAGAGAGAGGGAGGGAGAUUUUGCUUAUUAUUUUGUCUGUAAAUUAGGAGAUGAAUUGGGAAAUUGCUUUGCAAAUUGUAACACAGCUACAGCCACAGGCACAGGUGAAGGGAGCCAAUUUGCUCCUCUUCAUUGGAAAGAUGAGAAAUAGUUCCUCAUUCGCUAUUUUUAGAUAAAGACAUGGGAAUAAGCAAAUCUAUUAUUCAAAUUCAA